UCUCUCUCUCUCUCUCUCUCUCUCUCUGAUUUUUUCUUUCUUCUUUCUUCUUCUUCUCUCUCUGAGAAAUUUUGGAGCAGAGAUUAUGAUGGAGUGGGAAAAGGCUGAGCACCAAACUCCGUACCACCACCAGAACCCUCCUCUUCGAGACGAUCACCUCCAUCAUCUCACCGGAACUACCGCCGGCGCUCUCUACGUCAAAGUCAUGACCGACGAGCAAUUGGAGACUCUUCGCAAGCAAAUUGCUGUUUACGCCACCAUUUGCGAGCAGCUCGUUGAGAUGCACAAGACACUCACUGCUCACCAGGAUCUCACAGGAAUGAGGUUGGGUAACAUGUACUGUGAGCCACUGAUGACAUCUUCCAGCCACAAAAUCACUUCUAGACAGCGAUGGACUCCAACGCCUGUGCAACUUCAGAUCUUGGAGCGCAUAUUCGAGCAAGGGAAUGGAACUCCCAGCAAGCAGAAGAUCAAAGAGAUCACCUCUGAACUGGGUCAGCAUGGCCAAAUUUCUGAAUCUAAUGUCUAUAACUGGUUCCAAAACAGGCGUGCUCGAUCGAAGAGGAAGCAGCAAAGCACAACACCCGCCUAUGGUGAAUCAGAAGUGGAGACAGAAGUCGAGUCGCCGAAAGAUAAGAAGACGAAACCUGUGGAUUUUCAAACUCAUCAGACCUCUGCACCUUUGGGGGAGGACAUGUGCUUCCAGAGUCCGGAGAUGAGUUCUGAACUGCAUUUCCUGGAUCCAAACACCAACAAAGCUGAUACUUUGUUUUCAAAUGGAAGUUUAAAAAGUGCAAGAAGUUUCAGCCAGAUGUCUUUUUAUGAGGCAGGAAACGAGCAGCUGACAGGAAAGAUUGAAACGCCAGAGAACUAUAGUCUUUACCAGCAAGCGGAAGGCUACAGCAUGACCGAACGACCCUGAAUUCUUCUACAAUUAACACAAGGUCUAUUGGUCUUAUUAAGAUUAUGCUGGACUUCUUAGCCCUCAUGUGAAUGCAUGUAGUCUAAUAUUGAAGGAGACAGGAUGGCAGCGACGACGAUGACGAAUGAUGCUAGCUAACUUGUGUGCUCGUGUCUUGUCGUGGAUUGUUGGAGUAUUCAGUUUUGAGUAAUGUAUUUUGGUUGAAUUGUGUUUGGAGAUGAGCAUUGGGAGUUGAUUGGUUGAUUGAACCAUUCAAAGGAGUCUUGUGAGUUUGUUAAAUAGCCCCUCAGAGGAGAGGAUGUAUGGUGUCCAUUUGUACAAGAAGCUGUUUGUAUUAAAAAGACGAUUGCUAGGUGAUCCUGA